GGCGGGGGAGUCGGUGUCUUUGAAACAGGGCUCUCUGGUAGCAGCUGCGACAAUGUUACGGUGCGGCUCUCAGCGCCUGGUGAAGAGACUCGGAUGCCUGCACGGCCUUCUCUGGGCCCCUGCCCAGACCGGCCAUCGGAGCGUAGCCUUCUGCAUCGAUCCUUCUAUGGGGCUAAAUGAAGAACAGAAACGAUUUCAGAAAGUGGCCUUUGACUUUGCUGCUCAGGAAAUGGCUCCACAUAUGGCAGAGUGGGACCAGAAGGAACUGUUCCCUGUGGAAGUGAUGCGGAAGGCAGCACAACUGGGCUUUGGGGGGGUCUACGUCCGAACAGAUGUUGGUGGGUCUGGACUGUCUCGACUUGAUAGCUCUGUCGUCUUUGAAGCCUUGGCUACAGGCUGCACCAGCACCACUGCCUACAUAAGCAUCCACAACAUGUGUGCCUGGAUGAUUGAUAACUUUGGAAAUGAGGAACAGAGGCACAAAUUUUGCCCUCAGCUCUGUACCAUGGAGAAGUUUGCCUCCUACUGCCUCACUGAACCAGAAAGUGGGAGUGACGCUGCAUCUAUUUUGACCUCAGCUAAACGACAAGGAGAUCAAUACAUCCUCAAUGGCUCCAAGGCCUUCAUUAGUGGAGGUGGUGAGUCAGAUAUCUAUGUGGUCAUGUGCCGAACUGGAGGAUCUGGCCCCAAAGGCCUCUCGUGUAUAGUUGUUGAAAAAGGAACCCCUGGCCUUAGCUUUGGCAAGAAGGAGAAGAAGGUGGGGUGGAACUCCCAGCCAACCCGAGCUGUGAUCUUUGAAGACUGUGCUGUCCCUGUGGCCAACAGGAUUGGGAGUGAGGGGCAGGGCUUUCUCAUCGCCAUGAAAGGACUGAAUGGCGGGAGGAUCAAUGUUGCAUCCUGCUCUCUGGGGGCUGCUCAUGCUUCGGUUGUCCUCGCCCGAAACCAUCUCAAGGUCAGGAAGCAGUUUGGAGCACCUCUGGCCAAUAACCAGUACCUGCAAUUCCAGUUGGCAGAUAUGGCCACAAGGCUGGUUGCUUCAAGGAUUCUGAUCCGUACUGCAGCAGUGGCAUUACAGGAGGAACGAGAAGAUGCAGUGGCCCUGUGCUCCAUGGCCAAGCUCUUUGCUACAGAAGAAUGCUUUGCUCAGAUCUGUAACUGGGCUUUGCAGAUGCAUGGGGGCUAUGGCUACCUGAAGGAUUAUGCUGUUCAGCAGUAUAUGCGGGACUCUAGGGUCCAUCAGAUCCUAGAAGGUAGCAAUGAAGUGAUGAGGAUACUGAUCUCUCGAAACAUGCUACAGGACUAGCACCCACACUGGAGAGUCUGGCCUGGUGUUCUGCAUGCAGCUGCAGUCAGUGUUAAGUGCCUAUGUGGGCUGUUCUGUUACAAAUGGAUCAUGAAGAAGAUUGAAGGGCUGAACUCUUCCAGUUUGGGGCUUAAACUGUUUGCUGACAGCAGUGUUGUUUCUAAUACAGGAACAGAGUUCUUGGUAGAACUGGAAGAGCUGCCCUGAUGAGUCAUGUCACAAGAAGAUCUGCCACCUUGUUUUUUCAUUCUAGAAAGAUAAACAGUGAAUAGUUAGUACCAAAGUCUUACCUUGGAUCCACAUUCUCUGCAUGUUGUUGAUCCUGAGAGCCUGGGUAUUUCAAUGAAGUUUUUUUUUCUUGAUUAUAGAAGCAAAGUGCUGAGGUGAGGGCAGUGGUCAAUGCUGUCUCUCUGUUCUGUUCUGUAGUGGCAGUGUCUCAGGACAGCUCUCCUGUGAACUUAAAUCAAGGUGAAGUGAAUAUUGGGGAAACUACUACUAAGCUAUUAGGGUUUAGGGUUCACCUUUACUUGGAAUUUUGACUAUUUGGUGGUGGAUUUUUAUAUAGGUUUUGGUUUCCUCUUUUAGACUUGCUUCUCUUUUUAAGUAUUUUUAAUCAUUGGCAAGUAAAAUCUACCCCUUUCUGUACUGUCUACUUCAACUGAAGUUGGUUUUUAUCUUUUUUUUUUUCUUUGAUAUUUUUGAGAUAGGGUCUCCUGUAGCCCCAGCUGACCUGGAACUCACUAUGUAGACCAGGCUGGCCUUGAACUCACAGUGAUCCACCUGCCUCUGCCUCUGGAGUGCUGGGACUAAAGGCGUGCGCUACCACGUCUGGCUUGUUUUUUAUCUUUUAAAUAAGCCUUAUAACUAUAUUAAAGAUUUUUAUAUGUUCGAGUAAACAUUUAACUAGAUUCUGGAGUUAUUAGGAAUCUUUCCUAAGCCAAUUUGUCUUUUAAAAAGCAUAUCCAAGGGCUGGAAAGAUGACUUAGCGGUUAAGAACACUCGCUGUUCUUGCAGAGGACCCGGGUUUGGUUCCCAAAUCCCACAUGGCAGCCAACAACUGUGUU